AUGUUGAAAAGUUAUAAUAAAAUAAUAAGGGACCAAUUGUUCGACAAUAUUAUUGAAAAGGUUAGUUCAAAUAGUCACAGUCGUAAUGUAUCCUGUUUAUCUUAUCACCCAGUUAUCACAACACCUAGCAAACAGACAACGGAAAUAGGAAUAGUCUGCGACGCUUCAGCUAAGUUAAAUAAGGAAUUGUUUAGUUUGAAUGAAGGCCUUCAAAGUGAACCCGUUUUGUUACCACAACUUUGUGGUAUUUUAUCGCGUUUUAGACUACAUCCUUAUGGAAUUAUAGCUGACAUUGAAAAAGCAUUUUUCCAAAUUGAGCUUCAUGAAAAAGGACCGCAAUAUGACGGGAUUUCUGUGGCUAUAGAACCAUCGCAAGAGUUGAAACCCACAAAUUUUGAAAUUUACGGAUUCGGGCGAAUAGCAUUCGGCGUUUAUUUCAAUUCCAUUUUUGUUAACGGUUUUUUCUAA